AUGGAAAACAACAAGAUUGUCCUGGCGUAUCUUGCACUGCUUCUGGCCAUGCUUGUCAGUGCCGGAAAUUUUGUGUUUGGCAACCUGGCGGUAAAUGAGGUCCCGCCGGUUGUGCUGGCUUUUUGGCGCUGCCUGAUCGCCACCAUUUGCGUGGUGCCAUUCGUUCUCAAAAGGCAAGGCAACCCAUGGCGCUAUUUUCGCGGUAACAGUCUUCGCAUAACGGUACUUGCAAUCGUGGGCGUGGUGUUCACGCCUUGGCUGGUCUAUCUGGCACUGCGGUCGAACGAUCUGAUUGAUCUUGGGGCCGGUUACACGAGCGUUCCACUCCUGACGAUCCUGUUCUCCGCACUGCUGCUGGGCGAGCGGCUGCAAGGCGUGCAAUAUCUGGGUGUCGCGCUCGCACUUGCAGGCGCCUUGGUCUUUGCCUUCCGGGGCAGUCUGUCCAACGUUGCCGACUUCAAUCCGCAUCUGGCUUUCCUGUUGAUGAUCGCGUCCAAUACCUUCCGUGGUCUCUAUCUUGUGCUGCUCAAGAAAUGGGAAUUGCAUCCCAAACCUGAGGAGGGUCUGUUUGUGCUUCUCAUCAUUGGGACCCUGGUUCUAUCGCCUGUUUUUGUUGCCUACGAGGUCAGCACGCCGGCACCGUUCGACUACUCCUGGAAAGUUUGGGGUUCAAUCCUCUUCGUCGGGGUUGGCAUGGGUGCGCUCUAUCUUCACCUGCUAAACUUCGGCACAAACGAAAUUGGCGCAUCGGCAUCCUCGCUGUUUUCCUAUCUCGUGCCACUAUUUGUAGCCGCAGAGUCCGUCGCCAUAUUGGGUGCGGAGAUCCACGUCUAUCAAUGCGUUGGCGCAUUGCUGAUUGUCAGCGGUGUCCUGAUCGCAACGCGACUGCGGUUCAAGAAAGCGCCUUUGGACCAUGCACCGCAUUGA